AAGCGGCAGAAAGUUGCGGGCGCCGAAGGGAUGGCCACGCUGGAGGAUUCAGGGUCCCCGUCCAAGGGCGAAGACCAGGCUGCUGACUCCUUUGACCAUAAAAAGUUCUUCCAAAUGGUCGGCCUAAAGAAAAAGAGUGCAGAUGACGUGAAGAAGGUGUUCCACAUCCUGGAUAAGGACAAGAGCGGCUUCAUCGAGGAGGAUGAGUUGGGAUCCCUCCUCAGGGGCUUCUCCCCAGAUGCCAGAGAACUGUCGGCUAAAGAAACCAAGAUACUGCUGGCCGCUGGAGACAAGGAUGGGGACGGCAAGAUCGGGGUUGACGAAUUCUCCACUCUGGUGGCUGAAAGUUAAGAGGUGCUGGCUGCCCCCGGCCUUCCAUCUUCCUGCCCGAACACCCGGUCUCAGCCCCUCUCACCACCCUCCUGCGUUUCUGUUCAGUUUGUUUAUGUUAUUUUUUACUCCCCUCAUCCCUGCGGCCCUUGAGUGACACUAUUCUUCUGGAAAAUGCUGGAGAAACAAUAAAGGCUGUACCAAUCGGA